AUGCUCUUUGACAUUGUCAAAGGUUUCAUAGUGAGUGGGAAUAUUUUUGAUUUUAGAUGUCAAAAGGGAAAUCAGGGCAUGUCACAUGGGAUAGUUUUGGAUGAAUUUCCAGGAAAGCCAUUGUGGAGUGAAGUCCCGAAAUUUAGUGUCAUUGGGUAUACCUCUCGUGAAAGCGCAACAAAAGCACUUGAGAAAAUGAGUGGCAAAGAAGUGGAUGGACAAACUGUGCAGGUUGCUCCCGUCGAAGAAAAGCAGGCAGUAGCGGGGAGCAAGAAUUCUGAAGCCACAAAAGAAACGGAACGAAGCCCGUCUGAAGAGAGAAGCCGAUCGCGUACCAACUCGGGCUCGUCAGCCGCAUCAGGUGACGAAGAAAAGAAAAAUGGCAGUGCUGACAGUAACGAACGUUCAGGGAUAGCCGCGGUUGUGGCUGAUAGCCAUAAGAAAACAAAGAAUGGCGAAGAACAUACUGGAAGCGCAGUUAUUGCCAAUAACACAAGAAAUAAUCGCAAACGUGCAUCUGAUGCAAAUGACGACGGAGAAAAGAAUGGUGACGAAUCGGAGACGAGCAACGACGCUGUUACGCCGGAACUGAAAAAAAAGAAGAGUGAUGCAGAAGAGACUGAAACGACAGAAGUCGAUUCUACCGCAGCAGUUGGUGCUGAAUGA